AUGAAGAGAAAAGCGGAAGCAGCUGUUGGAUCCUCCAAGGCCAACAAGAAAAAGUCCAAGCCUUCUUUGACCGCAGAGGAAGCUCAGAAACGGUUUCGUGCUGGUAUUUUCGAAAAGAAGGUCCUCGAUUCUUAUACGGAUCAAUAUGCUCAGUCAGAACCUUAUAAGCAUGCCGUCAUCAACGGCCUUGUAGACGAUUCCCUUCUUCGAUCGGUUCGCAGCGAGAUCAAGGCCAACGUCGAGUUCACCCCCAAGGAGACCGAUAUCUACAAGAUCCACCAGUCAGGCGACCUGGCCAAUCUCGACGGUCUCGACGACGAGUCUCUAGCUAAGCUGCCUUCGCUGCUCAAGCUGCGCGAUGCUAUAUACUCCGAAGCCUUCCGCAACUAUGUCUCUCACAUUACAAAUUGCGGCCCGUUGAGCGGUCGCAAGACUGACAUGGCUAUCAACAUCUAUACGCCUGGCUGCUACCUCCUUUGCCAUGACGACGUCAUUGGUAGCCGGCGCGUUAGCUAUAUCCUCUACCUCGUUGACCCCGACACGCCCUGGAAGCCCGAAUGGGGUGGCGCGCUCCGUCUGUUCCCCGUGCAGGAGCUCAAGGACAAGGAGGGCGAGAUAGCAAAGACACCGCUUCCUGACGUUACAAAAGUCAUCCCGCCUGCGUGGAACCAGCUGAGCUUCUUCGCUGUCCAGCCUGGAGAGAGUUUCCACGAUGUCGAGGAGGUCUAUCGCGCCGAAACAAAGGAGCAGCUAGAGAGGGACGGUGGUCGCAUUCGUAUGGCUAUCAGUGGGUGGUUCCAUAUUCCCCAGAUUGGAGAGGACGGCUACAUCAAGGGAGAAGAGGAGAGAAACGCCAAGAACAGCGGCUUGAUGCAACUUCAGGGCAAUCCUGCUCAGUACGAUAUGCCCCAGCCUCAGGUUAUGAAGGUUGAUAAGGCCAGUCAGGAGGGCUUCGAUGAAGCCGAUCUUGAGUUUCUGCUCAAGUACAUCUCGCCAGCAUACUUGGUUCCUGAUGCCUUGGAAGAGAUCUCCGAGACCUUCAACGAGAUGUUUGAAAUCACCUUGCCAGAUAUUUUGGGCAAGAAGUUUGCCCAGCGCCUAAGGGACUACGUCGAGGCUGAGGAGAAGAAACCCGUACAAGAAGAUACUGCUACGAUAGAAAAGACGACUUCAUGGCGUGUAGCCAAGCCUCCCCACAAGGCGCGAUAUCUCUACCAACAGCCCAGCGGGCCUGACCAGCUUCGUACCUCACAGGAGGAAUCUCCCAUCACUGAACUUCUCGACAUCUUCCUGCCCAGCCGUCAGUUCCGCCAGUGGCUCCAGAUGGCCACCAAAACCACAAUCGAAAGUGCCGAUCUCCUCGCGCGCCGUUUCCGCCGUGGUCUCGACUAUACUCUCGCGACUGGCCACGAGGGCAAGGCGCGCGUAGAGAUCAACCUCGGAUUCACACCUACAUCUGGCUGGGGUGACGAUGAAGAAGAAGAUCCCGAGGAAGAAGCUGAAAAUCAGAACGGCGAGGAUGUAAAAGGCAAAGGAAAAGGCAAAGCCAAGGCUGUAGAGAAAAAGAAGAGGGAGGAGGAGGAAAUACCUGAAGUCGGCGGCCAAGAAAUCUUCAUGUCCGGUGAUGAUGAUGCCGAUGAAGAUGCCGCCGUAUAUAAGACAGGCGAUGAUGACGACAACAUUCUCUUCUUCCAAGCUGCGUCAUGGAACAAGAUGACCAUUGUUAUGCGCGAUAGCGGCGCUCUCAAGUUCGUCAAAUACGUCAGCAAGAGCGCCAAGGGCGACCGAUGGGAUAUCUCUGGUGCCUUUGAGAUCGAGGAGGAGGACGAUGACGACGAAGACGCUGGCGAAGGAGCCGCGCCAGAUGAUGAUGACGAUGAGGAGGAGUUCCAAGGCUUCUCACCUGAUGCAGCUGAGAGUGACUCUGAAUAA